AAAGAAGAAUAUAUUGCAACAUUCAAGGGAUCAGAAUACUUCUGCUAUGAUUUAUCUCAGAAUCCCAUACAGAGUAGCAGUGAUGAAAUAACUCUGUCAUUUAAAACACUUCAGAGGAAUGGACUGAUGCUUCACACAGGAAAAUCGGCUGAUUAUGUCAAUCUUGCACUGAAAAAUGGAGCUGUCUCCUUGGUCAUUAAUUUGGGCUCAGGGGCCUUUGAAGCGCUGGUGGAACCUGUGAAUGGGAAAUUUAAUGACAAUGCCUGGCAUGAUGUGAAAGUAACCAGGAAUCUGCGUCAGGUGACAAUAUCAGUGGAUGGAAUUCUGACCACAACGGGAUACACGCAAGAAGACUACACCAUGCUGGGCUCUGAUGACUUUUUCUAUGUUGGAGGCAGUCCUAGCACAGCAGACCUCCCGGGGUCGCCAGUCAGUAACAACUUUAUGGGCUGUCUCAAAGAGGUUGUAUAUAAAAAUAAUGAUGUCAGGUUGGAACUAUCUCGACUUGCCAAGCAAGGAGAUCCUAAAAUGAAGAUUCAUGGGGUUGUAGCAUUUAAAUGUGAGAAUGUUGCAACCUUAGAUCCAAUCACAUUUGAAACACCAGAGUCUUUCAUCUCCUUGCCAAAGUGGAAUGCCAAGAAAACAGGCUCAAUAUCAUUUGACUUUCGUACUACUGAGCCAAAUGGCCUGAUUCUUUUCAGUCAUGGAAAACCAAGACACCAAAAAGAUGCCAAACAUCCACAGAUGGUGAAGGUUGACUUUUUUGCCAUUGAAAUGCUUGAUGGCCACCUCUACCUGCUCUUAGACAUGGGAUCGGGUACUAUAAAAAUAAAAGCUUUGCAGAAGAAGGUGAAUGACGGUGAAUGGUACCACGUGGAUUUUCAACGGGAUGGACGAUCAGGGACCAUAUCUGUGAACACAUUACGUACACCAUAUACUGCACCAGGGGAAAGUGAAAUCCUUGACUUGGAUGAUGACUUGUAUCUUGGAGGCUUACCAGAAAAUAAAGCAGGCCUCAUCUUCCCAACAGAGGUGUGGACAGCACUUCUCAAUUAUGGAUACGUCGGCUGCAUUAGAGAUUUAUUUAUUGAUGGUCAAAGCAAAGAUAUUCGACAGAUGGCUGAAAUUCAAAGUACAGCUGGAGUAAAACCCUCAUGCUCAAGAGAAACUGCGAAACCUUGCCUUAGCACCCCCUGUAAAAACAAUGGUGUAUGCAGGGAUGGGUGGAACAGAUAUGUUUGUGAUUGCUCUGGUACAGGGUACCUUGGCAGAUCGUGCGAAAGAGAGGCAACAAUUUUAAGCUAUGAUGGAAGUAUGUUUAUGAAAAUACAACUCCCUGUUGUGAUGCAUACAGAGGCCGAAGAUGUUUCUUUACGGUUCAGGUCCCAACGAGCUUAUGGUAUUUUAAUGGCAACAACUUCUAGGGAAUCUGCAGAUACCCUUCGUUUAGAGUUGGAUGCAGGACGAGUUAAACUAACGGUCAACCUAGACUGUAUCAGGAUUAACUGUAAUUCCA